UGGAGAAUAAUAACAAUCGGGCAUGGACCAGCGCGCUCGCGUACGACUUUCACGCGCGACGAGAUCAUACGCGAGCCCGAUCCGGGCGUGCGUUCGUGCUUUUCUGUCCGCCGUGUCCGCGAGACGAUCCGCGUUUACGUCUGCUGUGCGCGGAGAUACCGCGAAAUAUGGCGCCCCGACGAGAAACGCGCACGUAUUUCUCGCCGCUAACAGGCUAACGGGGGGGUUACGCGAGCGACCUUUCGACGUCCGUUUCCGCGGGAUCGUCGCCGGAUCGUCGCGAUCGCGCUUCCGGGGUGGACGUUAAGGCGAGAGACAGCUCUCGCGUUUUCCCCUCAUGCGUGAUUCCUCGUCUCUUCGCUGUUCGACAGAAGUCGUACCGUCGAGCGUGUUUAUUGUUCUCCCUGUAUUAUUUUUAGAUCCGCUUAUGUAAAUGACGCAGUUAGCAUCGCCGGACUUGUCGUUGGCGGCAAAUUUGAACCGCAAGGACGAUUCGCGUUUCGUUUUUUUCGCACUCCGACGAGGCUUCCGCGAAAGAAAUGCGUAUGAAUAUAUUUACGUAUUAUCCCUCACGUGUUAUUUCCCUCUGUUUACAUCCUAUCGGAAAUUUAUGACGAUGUCAUGGCGAUUUUUUCAAUUAAAAAAUUCACUGUUGCAUCCAAAGUACAAAUGUUGAGCUCGCGAGGUAGCCGGGCUAUGGAAAGUAUGGUCGAGGAAAAUGGAUCAGCCGUCGAUCCGUUGUCCCAGAGCUCCCAGAGUGGCGAUGCUGCACCAGCAAUUGCAACUUCGGUACAAUCUAUCGAUAGAACGCAUCAGCAGCAAACUCACCACCUGGUAGCUUCUACCAGCAUUGUGCAACUGACACUACCUUCGUCAGGAACAACACAGGUGCAAUCGGUCAUACAACCCAAUCAACAGUCUGUAAUACAAACCGCGACGAAUAUACAGCCUGUUGCCAUCUCUAAAGGAAACGUUAUCCUGGUUAGCAAACCUAAUUCUGUUAUACAAACUGCACAGGGUAGUUUGCAGACUCUUCAGGUUGUCGAGACUGGUAGCGAUGACAGUUUCUCAGAUGAGGAUUCACCUAAGAAGAGGAAUAUUCUUACCAGACGACCAUCUUAUAGAAAAAUCCUCAACGAUUUAGGCGGGGGAGAAAUUACAGACGGUCGUUUGCCCCCCUUAGAAUCAUCUUCCGAGUGUGAUUCUAACGUGGACAGUGAAGUGUCUUCCCAUUCGCUCCAUUACCAAACAGUAAUUCCUGCCGGUACUAUUCAAAUUGCGACCCAAGGGGAGGGAGUUCCGGGGCUUCACACAUUAACUAUGAGCAACGCGGCGACAGCGGGUGGAGCUAUAGUGCAGUAUGCACAGGGCCAGGACACUCAAUUUUUUGUCCCAGCUUACACAGGUCAUGGAGUUGUAGUGGAAGAUGCGGCGCGAAAGAGAGAGUUAAGGUUGCUUAAAAACAGAGAGGCGGCGCGUGAAUGUAGGAGAAAAAAGAAGGAAUAUAUAAAGUGCUUAGAAAAUCGUGUUGCGGUAUUGGAGAACAGGAAUCAGACGUUAAUCGACGAACUGAAAUCAUUAAAAGAAUUAUAUCAGCAGAAAACCGACUGAGAUUGGUAUUUGAAGUUUGCGCAACAGUGUAUCAAAACUUUUAUCCAGUCGAAGAAUCUGUACAUGUCUUGUUUGUGUACAUUAAUACCUAAAUGUUACUAGGGGUAAGUGAUGGUGAUGUACAUGCAUUCUUAUAAAUAAGCGUUUCUCUGUAACAUACUAUAUUUAAGUAACGAAUAUGAAGGCUUGUGAAACUUGCUAUUACUAAAGCGGGAAGCCAAAGUUAUAUGAGACACGGAGGCAGCAAACACGUAUAUAGGCAAUAUUUGGUAUAUCAAUCUAUUUUUUGGAUAAAUCUAAUAGCUUAUUCCGAGCAUUCGGAAUCAAAUCUACAUAUUUGAAGAAAUUUCGAUUUCAUAGUUUGAAACUUGGAUCGCGUUAAUAACUUAACUGGCAUGUAGUAUACAUGUUUGUUUAGUAAUUACUGUUUACCGCCCGUUUGUAUUAGAUAAAGACAUGCCUUGCUUUGCAAUUUAUUUUAUGCUAAAAAUGGAUAAAAAUCAGCUAUUUAAUGAUCACAAAGAAGUUUCUUUCCGUUAUAUUUGUGGAAAUCGUGUUGCGGGACGACAAAGAGAAAGCAAGACGCGCCUUCUAUUGAAACGGGCUUUAAUGCAAGAUCUGUAUUAUAAAAUAAAAUAACGAAACCAUUUAUAUAUUAUUUAUAUACUGGUUUCACAAAAAAUUGGGAAGCAUGCAAUGCAACGCUGAAAAAGAUCCGCUUUUAAUAUGCUUGUUUUAAAUUUGAAUAUUCUAUGGAAGAAUCUUGGCAUCGUACAUAGAAAAUUAUAAAGAUAGUUAUACGAUAAUUGCAAUUUGAAAGUGGUAUAAAAAAAAGAGAAAAAAAAAAAGAAAAAAAGACGCAUCUCUCCAAUUUCCAUAAUGUCUGCAUCGCUUUUCCGUUUGUUGUAUAAAUGCUCGUACACAGAGCGGUAUUUUAUAUCGCUCUUAAAAUUAGUAAAAUAAUUUCUGUUUUGCGUCUCUCGUCAAAAUGCCCCGUUCAAAUGCUGGACAACACAAUACUUGUAAAAUAUAAAUGUAAUAUACAUCAGGAGUGCCUUGAAGAUUUAAGUAUACUUGCGGUAUACAUAUACAUAUGAUUGAUUGCAACAAAAAAGAAGCAACGCGCAAUAUAUGUAUAUGUAUGUAUAUACGUAUGAAGGAAAAUAUGUUGUAGGUAAAUAUGGGUAGAUAUAUAUAUUAUAUAUAUAUAUAUAUGAUAUUUUUAAAGUAUAUUAAUAUAGUUUUAUGUAUACUUGACACACACACAUACACAUACACACAUAUGCAACUCUAUCACGAGAAUUGUAUUAUUUUUUUAAAAUAAUACAGAACUCGCGUUUCUGCAUAAUCUCAUCGUUGUCGAACCGAAACCAGUUACUGACACAAUUGGAAAUUCGCGCAAUGUAUUGUGAAUAUUAUGCGUGAUUCUAUGAAGAAAUAACGUUAAAAAUCCAAAUAAAGAAAAUAAUUUUUUUAACAAGACUCGUUGCAAUUGAUGACGUAGCGUAAAUGAAAACUUUAGUUGUUACUUUAUUGAUAUAAAUAAUUUUGAAUUUAUUAUACUGAAAUAAUAUGUAUCAGAAAAUUCGUAUUUCAGUGAAAAUUGUUUAGAGUUUCGUAUUUUACUAAUCCAUAAUCAUUCGUAGUUUUGUAAUGCUGAUAUGCAUAUUGAACAUUGUCAAUUUAUGAAACAUUGCUUAAGAAAAAAAAAAAAAAGAAAAGAAAAAGUGAAAGAACCAUUAGAGAUAAUAAAUGUGCCGUAUCCUUUAAA